GGAGAGGACCACACUGCAAAGGCUCUUCCCUAAUCUUUAGACGAAGCAAUUCUCAAUCUCAGAAAUAAUUUUCCAGUAGCAUCCACUCCACUUCCGACUUCCUCUCUACCCCAAAUCCCCAUGAAAUAAGCAAGUAGGUGUCUUUCGGCCAGCAACAGGGGCAGAAGCCGCAGAGGCCAUUCUGAAAAGCUUACCAGAACGAAGCAGAGUCAAAAUAAGCUCCACUAAAAGUCAGGAAAUAGAAAUUCAGUGGAAAACGAUUUCUGCUAGCUAAUACCUGAUGAGCCACUCCACCCUCUUCAUCCCAACAAAGGCAUAACAAUAAUUAAUGGAUCGAGAGCUUCACGGCCAGCCAGCCGCAGCUAUGGACUACUCCGUCUUUUCAUUGGCAGGCAAUUUCAGGAUUCAGGGCAACGAAAGGCAAGAGCUUUACAACUUGCAGACAACUUCAGCUGUUGAUUUCCACGGAUCUUUUGAGCAGCAGCAAAACUUCCUUUUUAAUGAUGCAAAGUUCUUUUCAGUAGUUAGUGGAAGCCAAAAGCUAAAGCUUUCCAAAUACUUCUUUCCGGCACGGGAGCUGCUCAGCGAGUUCUGUGACCUUGGAGGGUUCAUGAGAAAUUCGAAGCAAAAAACAGAGAUUGGAAGGUUAAGGGAAGGAGAAACUGCUUCUGCUUCCUCUCUGCUGGACCAUUCGAUGAGUUCUCUCAACGUACUACAGCUGCAGAAGAGACAGGCUGCCCUGCUGACUAUGCUGGAAGAGUUGGACAGGAGGUAUAGGCGAUACCGCGAGCAAAUGGCUACGGUGGCUUCUUCCUUCGAAGCGGUGGCCGGCGAAGGUGCAGCGACGGUGUAUCUUGCGCUGGCUUCGAAGGCUAUGUCGAGGCAUUUCAGAUGCUUGAGAGACGGCAUUGUAGGGCAAAUGAAAGCGAUGAGGAAGGCGGUUGCAGGGCUAGAACCAACUACAGAGCCGGGAAUAAGCAGAGGAGAGACGCCGAGAUUGAAGCUGAUCGACCACUACUGGCUUAGAGAGAAGAGGGUGUUUCAACAGCGUGACAUUUUCAUGGAUCAGCAGCCAUGGCGGCCUCAGCGAGGCCUUCCUGAACGUUCGGUUUCGGUUCUACGUGCUUGGCUCUUCGACCAUUUUCUUCACCCGUACCCAAGCGAUGUUGAUAAGCAUAUAUUAGCCAGGCAAAGCGGCCUCACCAGAAAUCAGGUUACUAAUUGGUUCAUCAACGCAAGGGUGAGGCUAUGGAAGCCCAUGAUAGAGGAGAUAUACUUGGAGGAAAUAAAAGAAGACGAACUAAACCCAGGCCCUAGCUUCUCCUCCAUUGAUCCCAAAAAGCAGGCCGAAGGUGUCCCCGAGCCGGACUCCUCCUUCAUUAACGCCGACUGCCGAGGCCAUACGAAUCAGAGAAGCUUCCACAACUACCCAAAUCAAGUUCAAAUAACAGACCAUUUCGGUUUAGCAGACUUUGAUUUGUCUUCCUAUGCCGAAUGCAGCGGUCAGAGUUACAGUGGCUAUGGAGUCUCCCUCACACUUGGCUUGCAGCAACACAAUGGCAGCGGUUGCGACGGAGGCGGUGGCUUCUCGUUGUCGCCGAUGAAUCAUCUGAAAUCUGCCGUGAUCGACGGCGAGGUGCGGAAACUAUCUGACAGGAACUUGAUGGGAGCUCAAGUGCUGCAUGACUUAGAGGGUCCGAAAGCCGGCUGGGGUUAAGUUGAGAAAAAAAAUAUUACGUGUAAAUUUGAUGAUAUUGUGGUGGUAUUAUGAUAUUAUUCAUAUUAUUGUUUAGGGAGUUCCCUGAUUUUAAUAUAGGUGAUUUGAUAGUAUCUCUUAAAUGCUUUGUGCCAAAAUACAUGUUAAGGGAGAAAUGUUGGACUUGUUU